AUGACAGAAGUAUCACAAGAGACUAAAAUUGAAGAAUUUAUACGGAGUAAUCCACAUUUCCCUAAAUCCAGAUUAAACUCGUUGUAUAGUAACUUCGAAAAUUUGAAGCAUCUUAAUCCAGAAGGUUUUGAAGCAAAUAUUCAAGCAUGGUCAGAUUUGUUGAUUAGUUUAUUACAAUCAGGGUUAUUAGCAGGAUCCCAAGUAUCAAUUAAUACUUUCAGUCCUAAUAUUGCACAAUUAUUAGCAAUACCAGUGUAUGGCCAACCAAAAGGAUUAGGAAUAAUACUAAAUGAACUAGUUCAGCGAAGAGUUCUUAUUCCCUAUUCAUUAUAUAUUAACGCCACCGACUCAUAUGUUUCUAUCAUGAAUGACUCUAUUAAAUUUACGGACUAUAUAUCGCCUUCAAAAUGGUUACAUUGGGGUAUUCAACAAUUAAGGCUUACAAGCAUAUUCACUGCAACUAACAAGAAGAAUGAGUUAAAUAAGGAAACGUACAUUUCAUGGUCUAUUUUGUGUGCUUUCGGACAGAAGUUUGUUAAUGAAAUUCAAAAAGAAAUUAAUGUUGGUAUUAGGAGUAGUUCACUUUUUGAUAAAUUAUCAUGUUACAGUUAUAUGAAGAGCAUUGAUCCUGGCCUUUCACCCACGGAUUUUGAGAUACUACUUGUAUACUUUUCAAGAGAUUUAGGCAUUUGCAAACUUAAACAACAAGACAACAUCACUUGUAUCAAAUUCCUGAAUGAAGGAAACUUGAACUAUAUUAGCGAUGAAGAUAUAGGAAUAAUCAGGUUGAAAUCAACUAUUACAGCAAUCGAGAAGCGAAAUGAAGAAUUAGAAAUAAAAUCUGUAAACAUAUCUAAUAAUAUGAAAGUUCUUUUGAAAAAUAGAAACUCGUCGAAUGAAAUUGGAACGAACAUUAGAUUGAAAAAUAUGUUGAAAUCAAGAAGAGAAAUACAUGCUUCUUUAGAAAAGUCUUCCUCAGCAUUAAGCCAAUUGAAUACGGCCUUAUUGAAAAUAAAUGAUGCAACAUCUAACAAAAAUAUAUUUGAUCUGUUGUCUGAAUCCUCUAAACUUUUGAAUGCUUUGAAUGAAAGUAUUAACCUUGAUGACGUAGAUAACUUACAAAUUGAACUAGAAGAAGGGUAUGAUAAGACUAAUGCAAUUUCAGAGUCUCUUAGUUCCAGUGGCACUGCCUACAUAAAUGAAGAAGAAUUAGAAGACGAAUUGGAUAAGCUAUAUGCACAAGAAUCAUCUAAUAUGGAACCUGUCGCCGCUAAUGACAGCAAUAAUACUAAUAAUAAUACGGAAGAUGACCUGGAAUUAAUUCGGAAACUUCAAGAUAUGAAGGUAAGUGGUAAGAUAACUAAUAAAGAGAAAAAGCCACUAGAGGCAUAUAAUUAA